UUCAAAAUGGUCAGAGGGAGAACGGUUGAGAACAGUUUAAAAACAUCUGCAUUUGAAUUAUAAAUAAUGUAUUAUAUUCGUAAGACUCGAAACUACAACAGGUUUCUGAAGUAUUAUAUUUGAUAAAGCAAGAAAAGUUCUUCUGUAAACAAGGGACUAGUUGAAACCUUGCCAAAUGGAGUGAUCUUCCUCACUUUAUUUUUGGGAAGACCGUGUUCUCUAGUCAGACAUCUUAGUUACUGAUUUUCAAAUUAGAUUUGAAUACAUUUUCCAAUUGCUCAAAAUGAAUGCUACAUUUUAAGUCUUAAAAUAACAUUGCAAAAAUUCUGUACUGUAUUUGUGGGGAAAUGGAACCAGAAAGACAUGGAAAUGAGAGCAAACCAAGUCUUGCUACCAAUAGUGCACCCUACAGGGCAACAAAGCUGUGGAACCAAAUUAUUAGUGAUUUUCGUUGUGGCAUGCCUUUGAAACGUCAUCGUCACUAUAUGCGAAUUUAUGAAAACUGUUUUACUGCUUCAGAAGCUGUAGACUGGCUUCUUGUCUAUUUGAGACAUAGUCCAAACUUUGGCCCUGGUGUUACAAGGCAACAGACAAUUCAGCUGCUUCAGAAGUUUCUAAAAACUUGUGUUAUUGAAGAUGUCAGAGGUUCUAAAGUCAGUCAAAAAGAUGAUUUCCAAGAUAAUGGGAAACUAUAUCACUUUGUCUAUCACUCACCUUCAAGAAAGCAUUCUUACAGAUUGUUUCAUAGAACUCCUCUGUCUACAAGAAACUGCAAUGAACAACAUGAAAAAGAAACAUUCAAAAUGGCAACAUAUAUUCCAAACUUUUGGCAUUCACCUCAAAGAGAAAAUUAUGAAAACUUCAGUAUUGUCUCAAAUAUGGCAAAGAAACAGAAAUCAGCAAGCUGUGAACAGGAAAAGGACAAGAACCAGUUGCCAGAAUGCUGUUUUGUUGCUAGGUCAUUAUCAAUGCAAGAAAUUGAAAGAGUGUGGGCAACAUUAACUCUAGAAAGGUUGCAGGAUUUAAUACCAGAACAUGAUUUAGAUGAUUUUCUAAAUGUUCAAGAAAUUAGUGGAAGAGUUAUCAUGCAUAACAUGUGUCGAAUAAGUCGUAAUGGAGUUGUUGUCUUAACAGAUAAAACAGAUGACCUGCCUUACUGGGUAAUGUCAGCAAUGAAGUGUUUAGCAAAUUGGCCACAUGCAUCUGGGAGCAGUAGUUGUCUUCCUAAUUACCCUGGUUUUGAGCUGGAUGUGUUUAGAGUCGUUAGAGAUUACUUCAAUAACUUAGGAGUGCCUCUUAUUCCAUUCACUUUAUAUGACAUUUUUGUUGUGAUCUUCAAAGAGUCUGAAUUUCUUCAUGAACAGAAACAAGAGUCUGCCAUAGUACCACUAGGAGGUGGAAACUUUCAGCCUGGUGGAUUGUCCUCAUUUAGCUCUAUUGAAAACUUGUUGCAUCACUUGACAUUAAAUCAGCUGGAAUCCAAUUAUGGAAAUGAACAGAAAACCUCUACUCCCAUUACUCAAACAAAUACUUUAAAUAUGGUAGGAUACCAGAAUGCAAGUCAAGUAGUCUACAAAAAUGCAGAUAAUGCUAAACCUUGUGGAAAUUUUGCAGGGAGUGGGCAGCCUGAAAAUAACUUAUCAUCACAAGUAUAUUUUGAAACUGCUUUUAGCACAGCGACUCCAGUUACUCGAGUGGUUUCUCACAAGGCCUUAACUCAGCAAUAUGGCUCACAGUCAAGCAUUCACACUAUGGGAAGUCAGUCCACCAAUCACCCAGAUACUCAAAGUACAAUUAGUGCUUGCAGUUACAUACCAGAAAGUAUAAGCAGUGGUCCCAAGAGAGAAUGGUCUUCUCCUAUAUGGCAAACAAAACCAUUUCUAACACAUUCUGCUUUUGAACUAAAUAAAUUUGAUAAUGAGCAAAUUGGGCCUUCCAGAGAGCCUAUUCUGAGUGAAUUACAAGGAACGUCAAGGUGUCACUCAGCUGAUGAUUUAGACCACUUUCCUCAAGAAGGUGAAAAGAAAAAAAGCUACGGCUUUGCUUGUGGACUGGUGACUUUACCCCGUCAGCCAAGUUUAAGAACUGGUGAAGCCUCCUAUAUCAGAGGAUUUGGCAGCAUGAGACAUUUGAAGCGUGAAUAUGGGCAAAGGAAGAAUCAAGAGUUAAAUAAACGCGAGUUAAGCUAUAGUAGAAUGGAUAAGCCCCUUUGUGGUUCAGUGGGAUAUCAUUCUCCAAACCCAACUCCACCAAAUGAUGAAACAAAUGAUAAUUUUUCUAAUGCACAUUCAAGUUGUUGCUCAUAUUGUACAGCUAGGUCAUAUACCUUAGAAGAAAUCAGCUUGAAAAAUUCUGACAUCUGUCAACCUACACAAGAAGUAUUAAGUUACUCUUCCUGGACUGAUAAACAUAUUAAUAACAGUGUAGAUAGAUUUACAACAGGAGGUAGUACUUUCUCAUCAAGUUCAUCCAAAAGUAAUAUUGAUUCACAAAUAAUUCAAGACUCUGGCUAUUUAAGAAGAAAUAAAGAUGGAUGGAUGCAAAGAUGCAAGUUUGAAUCUAGUAAUGAGAAAGCAUUUAAUGAAGAGUUUAACUUGCCAGUAAAUGAUUCAGCAUGCAGUGUCCCAAGUUCUUGUAAUUCUAGAAAUCUGAAGGAGGGAAUAGAAAGACAGGAUAAGAAUAGAGAAUUUGGCACUUUGGUUUUACAAAAUAACAGGAACUCUAGUCUAGCAGACACAAACAAGAAAUCCUAUGAGAUGAUAAUCCAGCCUCAUUGGUGUCAGUCAAGCAUUAGAAAAAUUAAUCCAAUAGAUGUUUCUGGUAUCAAUGUACAGAAUUGUAAAAGGUUAAAUGCUAAGGCUUCUGAAAUGGAAAAUCACGGUGUUUGCAGAAAUAGUCAGGAUCAAGAAAUUGAACCAUUUGGUAAUAAGAAAUGUUAUCAAUCUUUGCGUUUUCCUCAUCGCCCUGAUGCACCAGGUUCUUCUGUUACCUCCAUUAAUUUUUCUGUUGUGAGUCCUUCAGCAGUACAGGAGUUAACAAACACAUACCAGUUGUUAACUCUACUCUUUCCAUCGUCCAGCCGUAGACAUCUGCAUCUUUUACUUCGGAUGAUCAAUAAAGUUGUUAGGAAUGACAAGUUAAAACUCCAUCCUGACUUAUCAACAAGAAGUUUAAUGCUGAAAACAUUUGUAAGGUCCAUCCUGUGCUCAGAAAAAGAAGCAGAUUAUGAUGAACUUCUUGCUCUUCAUCUUGUAGCAUUUCUAAUGGAUAACUGUGAGAAUAUCUUUCAACCAUCAUCAGAUCUACGUGAAGCAGUUGAAAAUCGUUUGACUGUUGUACGUCAAGGGCGGAUCAAAUACACAGUUGAAGACCCAUCUUCCCUUACUUAUUGUGAACAGGUUUCAGUACAGCAGUUUGAAGAGCAAAAGGUUUCUGUUCUAAAGCAAGCUUUGACCAGCCUUUUGGAAAAAAUUGUUAAUGACAGUACUUUAUCAGAGAAGGAAAAAAAGAAGAAACUUAAACAGUUCAAAGAAAACCACCCUGAUGUCUAUGCUACCAAGUUUCCCAAUGAAGAAAGAAAAGUUAGGAAGAAAGCUCCAUUACUAAAAAGAAUAAUGAGUAUGAGAGUUUAAGUAACAGGUUGACUGUAUGUAUGUUUAAUUUAUAGAGUGCAUAAUUUCAGUUUAUAAACUUUUGUAGUAUUUGAUUUUAUGUCCAAUAUGUAAUUUUCAAUUGUGCAUGCUGAAAUAGGUUUUUAUAUAUAUAUCUAUAUCUAUAUAAUAUAUAUAAUAUUUACAGAAAAACAAAAACAAUUGUAUAUAAUAUCAAACAAUGUUGGUCCCUAACCAAGUGUGAGAAUUUAGCCUCAUUGUUUUCAAACACUUCCUGAAAGCUGAGUUGUGUUUAGAGAAUGAAGAUUAUUAAGAAUUUCUUAAAAUCGAUUUUUCAUAAAUACCGAGUCCACACAAAUCUUAUUUCACAUGUAACUCAUCAUAUAAAUUUCUUCCAUUUGUAUAAAAAAAUACUAGGGUGUGAAGUUACAAAAAACUGGAAACGUACAUAAACUUGUAUAUUAACAUUCAAACCAAUGAGUAAGACAUCAAUGAAAAACAUUAUUUCAUAUUUUAUCAGCCAUUGAAAAGUCUGCUAUGUCAUGCAUGUGCUUAUUUGUCAUAAGUUUUUAACAGGUUUUAUACAGUUUUCUAACAAAUUAUAUUUGCUUUCCCACAUAUGAGGUUCUUCAGUUCAUUGUAUCUUUUCACACUUAAAUAUGAGUCUUAAAAAGAAGAGAGGGUUGAUAUAAUUCAUUCUGUUAGCAAACAAUUAGAAAUAAAACUAUUCUAGAAGAAUCAUUUGAAAAUAUUCAUUGUUUCUGUACAUUCUACUGACUUGUGUUAAAAGUAACAUAAGUUGUUUGCUGCAAAGUAAACCUUGUUGGAUUGAAUUUUCACUUCAUAGCUCUAAUGGCAAUGAGCUGCAUCUAAUAUUAGUUUUAAAAUUAUUUCAAAUAAGAAUUAAGAUUCAUGGCGAUAAGCUUCUUGAUAAACAUAUUUUGAAAAUAAAAUUGUAUAUCUUUAGUAAAUCAAGUUUUAAGAAUGGAUGUGAAGAUUGUGUGUUUUUGUAACUUGUUUUUUACCUAAUUGUGUUGCACCUCUAAAUGUUGAAAUUUGUAAUAUUAAGUGAGGAAGGUAAAUCUCUAAUGUUAUGUUCACAUUAUGAUAACUGUGUAUCUUUUACUUUAUACAGGAAAAACUAAAAACAAAUAUUUAUUAUCCUGAUAAAUUCUUAAUCUCUGAAUUCUUGAGGUCUAGGAGACAAGUAGAAUUUAUGUGAUGAAGCGAAUUCAAGAAUUACAUACAUGUGUGAUAAACAAUGGUUAAAUUUGCUUUAAAACAUUGAACUUACUUUUUAAAUUCUUUUAGUAUAAUGUAAGUCAUAUUUCUUAUACUAUUCUGGAAUUUUAAUGCUAUACAAACUAUAGCCUAAUGAGAAAACAGAUCUUUUUGGAAUUUUAGAAAUUGACUUUUGUUAAGUGUGUAGAUAACUUUAGUUGGUGUUAACAUGGUGCAUAAUGGUAAUAUAUUACUAUCUUUCUUUUUAUAUAUUUUAGUCUAGUUCAAAUUAACUGAAUUUUCAUCUUAGAUUAAACCAUUCAUCAGUUGAAGAAAUUUACAGGACAGUAUAACUUUUGGUUUGAAUUAAAUUGUAAUUAACUUGUGUAUAUUGUAGCCAUAUAAGUUAUGGAAUUUUACCAUUUACUUGAGUGUUGUGGCAGAUGCAAGGCUCUGAAUAAACUGAGAAGUGAUAAAGUGGAGGGGUAUUCCUUACUAGCAUUCUGUCAAUACAAAUAGGACGAUAAAACAACAAUGUUUGAAACAAGUAUAUUUAAACUGUUGUAUGGUAGCCAUAUUAAGACAAUUGGAUACUGUCAGUAUGUUCAGUAUUGGGAAUUUAAUUUUUCCAGAAGCAUGGUUAUUAAUGACACAAUAUAAUGAAAAUGGCUUUUUUGUUAGUGUUAAAAGACUUGCAAUAUUUGUGUUUUUAAUUGUGGCUAUUUCUUGAAGGCAAAUAUUUUUAUAAUAAAAUCAGUGCCCAAUAUUAUAAAAACAAUGGAUUUAAAUUUGCUAUUUUUUGUAUGGCCCACAAAUUUUAGAUUCUAAAAGCUCAAAGGAACUGAUAUUAAAACAAUAUUUUAUUUCAUUUAUUUGACCAAGGAAAGUUUUGGAUGGCUAUAACUUAAGAAGUUCCUUUACAUUUUCCAUUUUGUUUGAGAAAGGUUUUAGGUCAUUGAUGAGAAUAGCUUCCUUUAUCCUUAACUUCUGCUCACUACAAGCUGAAGUGAUAAUUCAGAAGCUAGUAGGAGAAAUUGGAAGACAUUGUCUGUUAAGAACUUUUUCAACAUUAAAGAUAGGAUAAAAAAAAAUGAAAUUCUUAUUGGUUAUCUGUAAUAACAGUUGUCACACAUGUAAUACUGGUAGUGUAAAACAUCAGUUACAAAGAUGCUUCAUUAAACAAUGUCAAAACUAUGUUUUCAACAAAUCCAGCAUACACAUCCUCGUACCAGCUUUUAGUGAGCUGAAGUUGUGUAGAAAAGUGUUAUCCUAAAAACAGAAAAUGCAAAAAAAAAACUUUUUUCUUAAGUUUUGCUUUCAAAUUUUCAUACAGAGCUAAAGAUAAGACUGUUUUAACAUUAUCUUGGCAAGCUUAAGGUUACUGUUUUAACAUUAUCUUGACAUGCCUAAGGUUAGUUUUAAUAUUAUCUUGGCAAACUUAAGGUUACUGUUUUUUGUUGUUGUUUUUUGGAAAUGUGAAAAAGAACUUUUUUUAUAGUUUUGUUUCAGUUAAAACCUCUAAAUGUAAGUAACUACUAUAUUUAUUUUAUAUAUUUCAUAGAUUAUAAUUGUUAACCAUUACAGCACAUAACUGUGCAUUUAGCACAAAAAGUUAAUGUGAAUUUGUGGAUUUUUGCAGCUUGUUGUUUUGUCUUGGCUAUUUAUGUAUAUGCUAAAACAAUGUUAGUUUGACCAAUACAUUAUACAUUUAUUCAGUGUUUUUAACUUGAUUCAUCCUAUGUUUGAUGUGGCAGCUAAGAUGUAAAGGUCAAAGGCCUUUAGAUGUGUUUCUUCUGAAUAAUGAUCUUUAUAAUUGUUUAUAUAAUCUCAUUUUUAUUAUUGGUGUCCCAGAAAUCAAAUAAUGUACAGAAAUUAGGUUUUUGUUGUAGUAUUGUUAAUUUUUCACCCUUGUAUCAGUAAGAAUAAGAUGUCAUAUAUAUCAUUCUACUGAAUAACUUGUGCAAAAAUGUAACCAAAAAAUUUUAGAUUUUUCCUAAAUAAAUGAGUUUGAUAUUUUUUAAAUAAGAUUGUCUCAUUAAACAACAUCAAAAGAGAAUUCACAUUUAACAGUGUAUUCAUAUUGUAUUUGUUGGGUUUUUUUCAUGUGUUUCUAUGCACUAUUUUAUAAAUUGGAAUAAAAAAUAAUUCCAAAAAAUAAUAUUUUUGAAGUUUGAAUUAUUCUAAGAACUUACCAACUUUUAGUUUAAGUUCCAAGGUCACAGUACUUUUUUUUAAAAGUGAUUAUUGAAUUGUGGAUAAUUUAUUCUACAAAAGUUGUGUUAAUUUAGUCACAAAUCUAGCAUCUAUGUAGUAAUCAAAAUUUCUGUGAAGUGUAACGGUCAAUUACAAAUGAAGCAAAACAUUGAAAGGUCCUUUUAUUAUUAUCUAUUCUUUUGGUAAACAUUGUCAGAAUAAUGUUAGUAAGAUCUAAUAUAACGAUUUUCUUGUAACUUCGUCUGUAGAAACCAGUGAUGUGUCAAUAUUUCACAGAAACAGAUGUGUUUGUAACAACCAAUUGAUGUAUUAAAAUUUUUA